UUGCUCCCUUUUUCCCAGAUGAGCAACAAGCGCUCCAACAGUUUCCGAAGAGCCAUCCUCCAGGGGAGCAGGCAGUUAAAAGGCUGCAGUCUCAGAGAUGAGGUUGGCUUGGGACUAUCCCAACGUUUAGUCCGCCAUGUGGCCUAUGAGACGUUGCCCCGUGAGGUUGACCGCAAGUGGUACUUUGACAGCUACUCAUACUGCCCCCCUCCCUGGUUCAUCCUGGCUAUUACAAUUGCAGAGGUAGCAGUGUUCAUGUAUUAUGGAUUCCAGCUGGAACGCAUGAUUCUACAGGUGUCCAGCCCGUCUUUCUUAAAGAGCCCUCUACCUUAUCACCCCCAACUUCGAGCCCAAAUCUGGAGGUAUUUCAGCUACAUUUUCAUGCAUACAGGGAUUGAACAUUUGAGCCUGAAUAUGGCCAUGCAACUGCUGGUGGGUGUCCCUUUAGAAAUGGUCCAUGGCGCUCUUAGGAUCGGACUGGUCUACAUGUGUGGUGUUCUAGCAGGAUCUCUGGCAGUGUCCGUUACUGAUAUGACAGCACCUGUGGUUGGAUCAUCUGGGGGUGUAUAUGCUCUGGUGUCAGCACAUUUGGCUAAUGUAGUAAUGAACUGGUCAGGCAUGAAAUGUCAGUUUAAGUUAUUCCGGAUGGCCAUGGCUCUAGUUUGCAUGAGUGUUGAGUUUGGACGAGCAGUGUGGCUGCGGUUCUACCCCCCGGCCUUCCCUCCAUGCCCCAACCCCAGCUUUGUGGCUCACCUGGGUGGGGUAGUGGUGGGCCUGACACUGGGUGUGGUGAUCCUACAGAACUACGAGCAGCGUCUCCAGGAGCAGUCUCUGUUUUGGAUAUUUUUCUGUGUUUACACUUUGUUUGUGCUCUGUGCUGUAUUCUGGAACAUUUUUGCCUACAGCCUGCUUGAUGUGAGAAUUCCCCCCGCACCAUGA